CUUCCCCAAACCCUGCUGAGAGAGCCAAACCAGCAAAUACAAGUGUGAGCACAUUCGAAAUGAAGCUUGCGGAUUUCCCAGAAUUGGGUGAUUUCACACCCAGCAGCCCUGCAGGAGCUUCUCUGCACCAGGAACCGUCAGUUUGUGCUGGUGCAGUGAUGCCAGCAGAGCGUCAGACUUCACCAGCACCCCUUUAUAAGAAUGUACCAAAACGAAGAACCAAGUCAGCACAGCAAGUCUCGUCCAGUGGAAAAAGUGUGGGAAAGUGUGACUCAUCAUCCAUUGACCCAGCAGGUUUAGAUCAGGAUCCAGCAAUAUCCAAUCCCAGUGGGUCUUCAGCUCAAUCCUGGGCAAACAUCGCCUCUCAGCCUCCCAGAGUCAUCCAGAAAAUCCCCAAAGCCAACACAUCUUCUCAGGAGGAUUUAUCUGCACAGACAGGAGAGCAGAAAACAGAGAAGAAAAAGAGGAAAAGAAAGAAGAAAUCAAAGACUGCAUCUGACAACACAGAAGAGACACAAGAGGAACAUCUCAUUCAGCAAGAGCCUCCAAAGUUUGAGGAUGAAGAGGAGUUUCCAGAUCUGUCUCUUGCAUUUGAAGUCAAAGGACAUUCGGUGUCUCAAAAAGAAGGAUCGUCUCUACAUUCUGAGAUGAAACACAAAGCCACUAAACCCGCUACUGCCUCCACGGACACUAAGAAAACACAGACCAGUCAGAAGAAGUCAAAAGUUCCUGUACAGCUUGACCUCGGAAACAUGCUGGCAUUUCUUGAGCAGAAGCAGCAGUCUCAGAAAUCCAAACAAGACCAGCGGCCGGUAACACUGACAGUUGGAGGAGCUCUGCCUGUCGUCCACAAAGAGCCUUCAGUCCAGAAGAAGCAGUGGCAGCAGGAGAAGACCCCGCACAACCCGCUGGACUCCACCUGUCCUUCAGUGAAGAAAGGAAAACAGAGAGAAGUCCCCAAAGCCAAAAAACCAACACCACUCAAAAGAGUGAUUCUCCGGGAAAGAGAGGAGAGGAAACAGAACCGCCUGCUGGAGGAGAGAGACCCGUCCCGUGUGACCACUGAAGGGGGAGAAAAGGAGACCAGUGAAAACCCUUCUGAAACGAGUCUGCCUGACCAUGAACAACAUGUUGACUCAAAUACUGAUGACAAUGCUGAAGACAGUGGUAUUAAGGAUUCAGAAAUUGAGCAGCCUGGUUCACCCUCUGAUGACAAGUUAGACGACGGCCUGUCAGAAAAUCCAGCGCUACAAACCGAGAUUACCAAUUCCAUACGCAAAGUUCCCAAAAUCCACAGCAGGAAGUUCAGAGACUAUUGCAACCAAGUGCUCAGCAAAGAUGUAGAUGAGUGUGUGAGCAGCUUACUGAAGGAGCUGGUGAGGUUUCAGGAUCGUCUCUAUCAGAAAGACCCCAUGAAGGCCAGGAUGAAGCGCAGGCUAGUCAUGGGCCUACGAGAGGUGCUAAAACACCUCAAACUCCGGAAGGUCAAGUGCGUUAUCAUUUCACCCAACUGUGAACGCAUCCAAUCAAAAGGUGGUCUAGAUGAGGCUCUUCACAAUAUCAUCGACACAUGCCGUGAUCAGGGCGUCCCGUUUGUGUUUGCCUUGUCGAGAAAGGCACUGGGCCGCUGUGUUAAUAAAGCCGUCCCGGUCAGCUUGGUGGGCAUCUUUAACUAUGAUGGCGCACAG